UGCCGCUCUCUCGCCCUAGCUCUCUCGCUUACACCGAGCAAGCACUCCAGCAGCAAACUAGCUAGCCUCCAACGCCGGCCGCCACUCCAUCCAUCACCUCGCUCCGACACACAGCUAGCUCCACCGCACCCUCGCUCCACCUAGCCGCCUUUCGUUCGACGGCCAUGGCGAACCGUGCCACGAGGGAGGUCGUGCCGGCGUCGUCGAGGGUGGCGAUCAUCGGCGGCGGGAUCAGCGGGCUGGCCUCGGCGAAGCAGAUGGCCGCUUACGACCCCGUGGUGUUCGAGGCCACGCCUUCCAUCGGCGGUGUCUGGAAGCACUGCGUCUACCGCACCACGCGCCUCCAGACGCCGCGCCCGGACUACGAGUUCUCCGACUACUCGUGGCCCAACCGCGACGAUCCGACGUUCCCGACCCACACCGAGAUCGUCGACUACUUGGAGGGGUACGCCGACGAGUUCGACCUCUGGCGCUACAUCGCGUUCGGGUCCAAGGUGGUGGACAUCAAGUACCUCGGCGGCCCCCAGGCCGGGUUCACGGAGCUCUGGAGCGGCACAGGCAAGGCGCCGCUCCAGGGAAGGCCCAUGUGGGAGGUCGGGGUCGCCACCGGCGGCGUCGUCCAGUAUUACAAGUUCGAGUUCAUCGUGAUGUGCGCGGGGAAGUACGGCGAUGUUCCGCGGAUGCCGGUGUUCCCGGCGGGGAAGGGGCCGGAGGUGUUCAAGGGGCAGGUGAUGCACUCGCUGGACUACUGCAAGCUGAGCGAGGAGGAGAGCGUGGAGCUGAUGCGAGGGAAGAAGGUUGUGGUGGUCGGGUACAAGAAGAGCGCCAUUGAUCUAGCCAAUGAAUGCGCUCAAGCAAACCAAGGUGAGGGAGGUCAGGCGUGCACGAUGCUAGUGCGGACGCUGCACUGGGUGGUGCCUUCUUACUCCAUCUGGGGACUGCCAUUCUUCAUCUUCUUCUCCACACGCUUCUCCCAGCUCAUCUACGAGCGCCCCAACCAGGGCUUCUUCAGAUUCCUCCUCUGCCUCCUCUUCAGCCCACUGAGGACGGCGGUUUCCAAGUUCAUCGAGUCGUACCUGUCGUGGAAGCUUCCGCUGGGCAAGUACGGGCUGACGCCGGACCACCCCUUCGUGGAGGACUACGCCAGCUGCCAGAUGGCCAUCCUCCCCGACGGCUUCUUCGACAUGGCUGACCGCGGCCUCGUCCGCUUCCAGCGGGCCUCCGGCGGCUGGAGCUUCUGCGAGGACGGCGUCGUCCUCGCUGACGGCACCAAGGUGGAGGCCGACCUCGUCUUCCUCGCCACCGGUUUCGAGGGCAAGGACAAGCUCCGCGCCGUCCUCCCCGACCCCUUCCGCAGCCUCGUUGUCAACAAGUCCUCCAUGAUGCCCCUCUACCGCGGCACCAUCCACCCGCUGAUCCCCAACAUGGCCUUCGUGGGCUACGUGGAGAGCGUCUCCAACCUGCACACUUCGGAGCUGCGCUGCCGGUGGCUCUCGGGGCUGCUGGAGGGGCGGUUCGAGCUGCCGAGUGUCAAGGCCAUGACGGCGCACGUCGAGGACGAGGUGGAGGCCAUGCGCCGCACCACGCGCUUCUACCGCCGCCACUGCAUCUCCACCUACAGCAUCCACGACAGCGACGGGAUGUGCGCCGACCUCGGCGCCGCCACGCGCCGCAAGGCCAACUGGAUCGCCGAGCUCUUCGCGCCCUACAACAACAAGGACUACCAGGAAGAUCAGUAAAUCAAUUAAUACGUACAAACGUACAUUUACUCGUGCCGAUCAAUACACGGCCGAGUAUGCAUGUACGCAUAUAGCAGUAUAAUCCAUUCUUUCAGUCAAAAUAUUCCGUUGGUAUAGUAAUAGAAUAUCAUCUACAUCUACGUGAUUGGCUCGUAUAAUAAUUAGGUAAUAAGAAGAUUCGUUAUUCUUGUAAUACUACUAGUAUACAAAUGUAAGUUAGGGAUGGGUGGUGACUAAUAAUCAAGGACUUGGUCGUGAUCAAGUGUCAUGUGAACUGAUGAGCGUUCGGUUAAGGACUGGAGACCGCGAGGUCUCGCCCGCGACCGCAAGAUCUCUGCAAGAGGAAUCAUAACUGGAGCGGGACCAUGUGAGUCGAGGAGCAUGUAGACCGUAGCUAGGUCGAUCGGUGUGUACGUAUAUAUGUACUUCUUGGAACAAAGAAUAGUCGUACUAAGUGGUACACUGUGUGUCAUUCAGUCCCCUGUAAUUCUUGUACUUUUGUGAAUGUAACUGUUCAUUUUUA